AUUUUGAGCAAGAGGUGCAACAUGGACGAGAUCAGCUCCAAGACGCUCGAGAAGGCGAGCGUGACUAAGGCGUACCUGGAGCAAAAGUACGCCAUCAUGAAGAAGGAGCGCGAGGAGAGCCGCAUGCGCCGGAAUAUCUUGGAGCAGAAGAUGCAAAACCUCAAGCUCGGCGAACCUGCCAAGGAAACGUACCGCGCGGAAUUGCGCAACCAAGAACUAAGCCACAUGCGGCAACAACGCAAGCGACUCACGAUACAGGACUUUCAGUCUCUGGCCGUCGUGGGACGUGGCGCGUUCGGCGAAGUCCGGCUCGUCCGGAAGAAGGACUCAGGCGAAGUGUUUGCAUUGAAGAGCAUGCUGAAAAGCUCCAUGGUGAUGAAGAAUCAAGUGGGUCACGUGCGGGCCGAGCGCGAUAUCCUUGCGAUGGCGGACAACGAGUGCCAGUGGCUGGUCACGUUGCAGUAUUCGUUCCAAGACACAAGUCGGUUGUACAUGGUGAUGGAAUACCUUCCAGGCGGCGACUUGAUGGGCCUGUUGAUCAAGGAGGACAAGCUGAGCGAGGUCACGACGCGGUUCUACGCCGCGGAAAUGGUCAUGGCCAUCGAAUCCGUGCACGAGUUGGGGUACAUUCACCGCGAUAUCAAGCCCGAUAACGUGCUCUUGGACGCGUUCGGACACAUCAAGUUGACCGACUUGGGGUUGUGCAAGAAGAUGGACAUGGCGCAGCAGGAAAAGCUACCUAUCACGAACCACACGAUGACAGAGUCUGCGCAAGGGCACCCCAUCACCGAGCGCAGUCGCCCGUACAGCCGCAACCGCCAAGUAGCGUUUAGCACCGUAGGCACUCCCGACUACAUCGCUCCCGAGGUGCUGCUGCAGCAGGGAUAUGGCCAAGAAUGCGACUGGUGGUCCAUGGGUGUCAUCUUGUAUGAGUGCCUUGUGGGGUACCCGCCGUUCAACGCCGACGACCCCAUGUCCACAUGUCGCAAGAUUGUGAGCUGGAAGCAAACGCUGGUGUUUCCAGCCGAGGCUAUCCAAACCCUGAGUCCCCACUGCAUCGACUUUAUAAGGCAUCUCAUCUGCAAUGCCGACCAGCGCUUGGACCUGGCGCGCAUCAAAGCGCAUCCGUGGUUCCGCGGCAUCGAGUGGCGGUCCCUGCGCACGCAGCCGUCGCCGUACAUUCCGUCGCGCGGCGGCGCCGAGUUUCGAGACAUGCUGCAAAAGCUGCAGCACUUAGACCCGGCGGACGCGCAGUACCAGUCCCUCGUCAAGCAAAUCACAGCCAACUUUGACGAGUUUCCAGACCAAGGACUGGGCCACAAUGAAGAGGUAGAAGGAGGAGCGGCGGCGGCAGCGAGUGCAGGUCCUGGCAAAGGAGAAGGCGAGUACAACAAGUUCAUUGGGUACACGUACCGCCGCAAGCCCAAGGUGCGCGUGGCGCUGGACGAGGCCUUUCACGAUGGAGGAGGAGGAGGAGGGGGAGGUACUCUAUGAGAGAAACAUUUGAUCGAUCUGACACAUUGGAUGCUGUGUAGAUGACCACACGCUCAGUCAACACAGUUAACGACAUUUGGAAGAUGUGCACUAAUAUAUAUAUAUAUACAUACAUCUACUGUACUGCCGCC